UCUCUUCUUUGUUAACAUCAUUGUGAUGUUCAAUGGUUUGUGAUUAUUUAGUAACUCUAACAUGUUUAGAUUUUACCUUUAUUGAUAAAAUAUUAUUUUAAUGUUGCUCAUAAUUUGUUUGAUUUUAGAAAAAAUGGCUGAAAAGUCUACUAAUUCCAAGCCGUUGCCAAGGUCUCCCAAGGUUGCAAAGAUACAGGAGGAGGUUGGCAAAAAAUCUCCGAUGCGAUCGCCGUUUCGUGAUGUGCUGAAGCAGCGAUGUGCACUGAGAAUGAGGAAUAGUAGGGACAAGUUGUUGAACAGUUUGAGAGGGGUACAGGGAGUACAGCAAGAAAUCAAGGAUGUGCUUAAGGAUGAGGCGGCAGCAGUUAGAGGGGGGAGGAGAAGAAUUUUAACUCUGGGUAUCUCAGACCAAGAGGUUGACGAAGCAUUGGAAGAUUUAGAAACUAUUGAGGCGGAGUUGAUUGAGGUUGCUGGGAUUUUUUCUGAAACAGAUUUGGCUGUGGUUUGCCCACUCUGCAAGGUGUACCCUCUCUAUUAAAAGAUUAAAAUAUAAGAAAUGUUAAAAUCUAUUACAGGCUGUGGUUUGCCCACUGUGCAAGGUGUACCCCCUCUAUGAAACUAC